AUGCUUGUAAAUAUCUUUUUUGGAAGCUAUGGAUGCAUACAAAUGAUUGAAAAAUUCUAUAAUCUGGAUAACAGAGCACCAUACACUUUUGUAAAAGGCAGCAUGGACUCUUUUGUGCUACAUAACGUUCUAAUUAAGGAUACAAAAAUUAGUAGUCUAUGUGUUCAUUGGUGCGAUGAUGAGAAACCAAUGGAGACAGGAAUACAUAGAUUUCCUCCAGAAAAUAGUGAUCCACAAACUGUUUUGAAGGGAGAAAUAGAUAAUUUAUUUGACCCUGAUUAUUGUCCAGAUGAAGAAAUAGAAGUUAGAGAGUUACUGCUUCUUCAAAGUGAAGAGGAUUUUGAUGACACAAAGAAGAGAACGAUAGCUGAACUAGAGAAAACUGAUUAUAGGAAUAACUUUAGCGAUUUACCUAGGCAAAUUUGGUAUCAAAUAUAUUUAUAUAUCAGGGAGUUAAAAUCAGAAUUCUGUAACUUAUCGAUAGAUGACAGAAAGAAAGCGAUUGUAAAAGUCAACCAACAUGAAUCAGCAAGCAUAUUGGCGCAUUACAAAACUUUUUGA